CACUCAGUGUCUCUCACGCGCUGGUCGAGAGUGCGUGCUGCUCUGCCACGUGUGUUGUCUUGCACCCACCCUCCCUUGCUCCGUGUUGUGUGUGUCAGUGACCGUGCCUCUCUCCGUCCCCUCACUCCGUGUCUGUGUAACUGCCGUGUGUCUCCUUCGGCAACUCCCCUACACUGACACAUACAUAGGAUCGGAAACUUAAAAUACAGCCAAAUCGAGACCAUAAACAAAUUAUUUACAGAAUUUGGAAUGGGAAAAUAAUUGACUCGUGGAAGGAAAAAAAAAAAAAAAACCCAAGUCUAAAUAUCACACUCAAGAUACUUUACCCAGAUUAUAAGUACAGGUAUAUUGAAGCAUCAAAUCUCACAGGUGUAUUAAGUAGUGAUUUUACUUAAACCCAUUGUAGUGACACAUUAAGUAGGGUUUGUGGUUAAAGAUUUAUUACCCAUAGCUGAAUGUGUCAAGUUUGUUCAGCCAGUUCAAAAUAAACAAUGAACUCGGGGUUAGUGAACAGGAAUUCAUGAUCGGUGGUGCUCGUGGUUGCAUAUAUAUAUAUAUCGAUCAAGUUAUACAAGCGAGGAAUAUUCAAGCAAUGUUCGCAGCAAGGAGGAAGAUUGACUGAAGACUUUGAAGACGCUGGACUAUAUGGCUCAGUCUUCCUCACCCUUCUACCACAAGAUGACCCACCAUGGCUUAGGUGGAGCACUGUGGACCCUGGUGUGUGUGGCGACGUGGUGGGCGGUGCUGGUGAGGGGGGACCUGCCCUCACACCUGGCGCCCCUCAUACCCCAGGGACGUGCCAUUGGGACUCACUCUUACUACUCUUACAACAAGAUCGCCCAUAAGGCGUGUCGUUCGAAAGGGCAGGAGGGCGUGUGUAUGUUCGUGUGGGAGUGUAUCAAGACGGACGGUCACCACAUCGGCAUGUGUAUGGACGGCUUUAUGUUCGGGUCGUGUUGUAACCAUGACGAGAAGAGCAACGAUCUGUCACCGGCUGCUCUGGCGGGCGCUGCUGGGGUCGUGCACCAGAUCGCGCCUGGGGUAAACUUGAGGAAUUCUAGUCUGUUGAUACCUGCGAGUACCACGACGACCACGACGAGGCCUCCACCUAGUGUGUCAACGGGCGCGCCUUCCCUCAUCACCUCCAGGCCUAUCACCAUCCAGCGGCCCCCACGACCCCCCGUCACAACCACGCCCGCCAAGGAGCACCCCACGUCCCCCACCCCGCACACGACGAGUUUUGUGUGGUCUCGUCUGCCCCCAAGCCCCACCACUCCUCAUCCCGUCACGCCGCCCCUGCCGCCCACCAGACCCACCCGCCCACCCAAGCCUACAAAACCAUCGCGUCCUACAGUAGCCCCCUGGUGGACGACGGAAGAAGCUCUCCACAAGACUCCUCCACCACCACCUACCUACUCUCCCUCCACCAGGACCACACCUCCCACCACCACCACCACGCCCACCACCACCACCACGCCCACCACUACUACCACGCCCACCACUACCACCACGCCCACCACUACCACCACUAGAAGACCUACCACGACCACCACCACUACUACUACUACUACCACAACUACCCCACCGCCUACCACAACAACAUCUACUACUACUUCCAGCACCACUACCUCUACUACCACAACUACCACCACAACGCCGCGCCCAUCUGGACCUGUUGUCAGCAGCGCCCACACCAAACACCAGUGUGGGGUGCCUACCAUGAUGGGGCAGCCUGAGGGGAGAAUAGUGAACGGCACCAGCGCCAAGUUCGGGGAGUGGCCGUGGCAGGUGUCGGUAAGGAGGACCAGCUUCUUCGGGUUCUCGUCGACCCAUAGGUGUGGCGGAGCCCUCCUGAACGAGCAGUGGGUCGCUACCGCCGGCCACUGUGUUGAUGAUCUGCUGACGUCACAAAUCCGGAUUCGCGUGGGAGAGUAUGACUUCUCGUCCGUGAUGGAGCCGUUCCCGUAUGUGGAGAGGGCGGUGAAGCGCAAGGCCGUCCACCCCAAGUACAACUUCUUCACCUACGAGUACGACUUGGCGCUGGUGCAGAUGGAGUCACCCUUGGAGUUCCUGCCCCAUAUCUCUCCUAUCUGUCUCCCGGGCAACAACGACCUGUUGAUAGGAGAGAGAGGCACUGUCACGGGCUGGGGACGACUAUCUGAACACGGACGACUACCCUCCAUCCUCCAGAAGGGGUCGGUGCCCAUCGUGAGCAACAGCAAGUGUAAAGACAUGUUCCUGAAGGGCGGGCGUCAGGAGCACAUCCCUGAGAUCUUCCUGUGUGCUGGCUAUGAGAAGGGAGGCAUAGACUCCUGCCAGGGUGACUCAGGAGGGCCUCUGCAGGUUCGUGGUGCUGACGGUCGCUAUUUCCUGGCGGGUAUCAUCUCGUGGGGCAUUGGGUGCGCCGAGCCCAACCUACCCGGCGUCUGUACUAGGAUAUCUAUGUUCGUGCCCUGGAUCCUAGAGAACGUCACCUAGGGUUCCAAGAAUGGUCAUCAAGAUCAAGAACGCCGCCCAGUAUCCUCUACAGUAGAACCUCACCUCGAACUUGAGAACGCUGCCUAUAUCCCCAAGAACAUUACCUAGGGUUACAAGAAUGUCACCUACAUCAAGAACACCACCUGUAUCCUCGAGAACACCACCUGUAUCCUCGAGAACACCACCUGUAUCCUCAAGAACACCGCCUGUAUCCUCGAGAACACCACCUGUAUCCUCGAGAACACCACCUGUAUCCUCGAGAACACCACCUGUAUCCUCGAGAACACCACCUGUAUCCUCGAGAACACCACCUGUAUCCUCGAGAACACCACCUGUAUCCUCGAGAACACCAUCUGUAUCCUCAACAACACCAUCUGUAUCCUCAACAACACCAUCUGUAUCAUCUCACGUGGUUGGCUGUAUCCUGUUGAGUGUGCUGAGUAACAACUUGACCUGAUAGACGCGCAAACACUCGAGUAUGACACAGUCAGACCAAGGGGUAACAGGUACUGUGGAUUUAAGGGUAUGUGCUCUUGCGUUCGUGAUUGCGUAUCCGGAUCAUUACGAUGUUUGUUGUGACUAAUGAAGAUUGUGAAGUUUAUUGAUUCUUAUUCUUGAACGUGUAACUCAUCUCUGAUAUACUCCAUUCUAAAGGAAAAACUUUACCAGAUAGAAUCUAAAGUGAGAAUAUAGUUAAAUUGUCUUCGUUCAUGAGCGGAAAACUACUUUGAACUUGAGGAGAGAAAACCACUGUUGUAGAAGUGAGCUGUGUUACUGUGUCCACCUCGACCAGUAUUUGGGGAAGCUGACGGUGGCUCCCUACUGCCCCAUGACGUGUUCUUAAGAGGCGGAGAAUUAAACAUGAAACUUGAAUGCAUCACAGUGUGGUCACAGGUCACAGUGUGGUUGUUGUCACAGUGUGGUUAUUGUUGUCACAGCGUGGUUAUUGUCGUCACAGUGUGGUUAUUGUUAUCACAGUGUGGUUAUUGUUGUCACUGUGGUUAUUGUUGUCACAGUGUGGGUGUUAUUGUCACAGUGUGGGUGUUGUUGCCACAGUGGGGCUAUUGCUGUCACAGUGUGGGUGUUAUUGUCAGUGUGGGUGUUGUUGCCACAGUGGGGUUAUCGUCACAGUGUGGUUGCAACAGGUUGACGUUGAAACCGACUUAUUCAUAAGCCAAAUAAUAGAAAUAACUCAAUGUAACACUAACACACUGAUGAUAAUUCUGCACCACAACAACUACGACACGAGGAUAACGUUUUGUGUGAAGACGUGGAAAUGUUACCAGUGUGUUACCUUGUGUUUACUGUUAUAGGUGAUAUUAAGACUUGCACCACUCACACAUUAUAACUCGUCCCUCUCACUGGAUGGGUGAUGCCUUCACCUUUGUGUAUGUAUACAGGUAUGUUGUAAUGAAGUAGUUGUUGUACUGACGUCUUGUGUGAGAUCUCAAAGCAGUUCGGUAUUGAUUUUUUUCUUCAAAUAUUGUUGGCAUAAUUUAUUUAUAUGAACUCGCCACGAGAGGUUGAGUUCCCCUUGAAGCAGCUGUCCUGUACGUUGUGUACAAUACCACGCCGUUAUACGAGGCGUCACCCCGUGUAUUAUACCCCUUUCUGUGUAGUGUUUAAGUUACAUGUGCCAUUACUGCUCCAACUGGGCUUUCACCAACGCAAUCUUGUAGACUGAAAAUACCUCUGCUCGAAUAGGCAAAAUAGACAAUGAGUCUAGCAAGGUCAACUUUCCUCUGGCA